GCAACCGAUUCAAUUGGCUCAUGGUACAUUGCAUUUGUUCUGGGCGAUCGCUAUAUUCCUGGCGGCGUUGAACCAGAUGUUGAACAAUUCGCACUGGCCACCUUGGAGCGGCCGUAACUCCGAUGCUCAACUUUGGAAAAUAUACGCCACCGCUGCAAUGUCUCAGAUCUUGACGACAACACUUGCUCUUAUCAGAUUUUGAAUCGAUCGCAAACAGGAUAUCCGCACACCGGUCCAAAUCCAGCGACAUAUUCAACGCACGUCAUGUCGAUCAGGUUUGCUACUUACGAUGACCUGUUGCCAGCAUCGAAGGCCAUGGCGGCGGCUUUCGAAGACAACGAUCUCUUCGACUACUACAUGCAUCCCAAGCGAAAGGACUAUCCCGAGGAUUUCUAUUUGUAUUUCCUGCGCCAACUGCGCAUAGCAUAUGUCAGUGGACCUCGUGACAAGAUCCUUGUCGCUUACAAGCCUGGUGAGAAUGGCGAAGGCGAAAUCAUUACUGGCGUUGCACACUGGAUCCGUAUGACAGCCAACCCUUCAAAAAGUCUGUACACAUUGGCUUCGAUACGAUUGAUGCAUGCGUAUAAUUACCUGGAGUCUCUCGCCUACCCCAAUCGUGCGGCAGAUCCGUCGCGCCUCGGUCUGCUGAGAGAAUCGGCACCAUACUUUAGCUAUCGUUGGACCGGCACCCGAGGCGAGGUUUGGAUGCUGUCGCAUCUCGCCAUCGAUCCUAAGUUUGAAGGUCAAGGGGUCGGACGGUCACUUGUCAAUUGGGGAUUCGAUCAAGCACGAAAGGAAGCCAUAGGCUGCACGGUCAUCAGCGCUGCUGGCAAAGCUGGAUUUUAUCGGAAGUGCGGGUUUGACGUGGAUGAUGGAAAUGUCAACGACCAUACCCCACCCGACCACCCUCUUCGCCGAAUUCCUGGUGGUUCAGUCCACUUCUGGGACAAUGGGAUUCCGCCUCAAGGUGUGAAGAAAUAUGGCGAAUCAUAGGAGGAGAGCUUGACGCUGAACUCUAAAGCCGAUCAUGUGCUUGUAUGUGGAGCUCAAAUCCAGCAUCGCCGCAUGAGCUUGGAGUCUAUAUAUGUUGUGUUGGGAAGCGCAACCAUGGCAAUGAUGAUGUCUGCAUAAGUAAGCUGCGUCAAAUGCGGUGAGGUCGUAUGUGCUCUCAAUCGAUAUUGUGUGCAUGCUGCAGUGUCGAGGCACAGAACGCCGAACGCAUUGUGGAGGCAGCGUGGCCUGACAUGCAUACAAUAUUCGCUCGUUGUCCUACAGUAGUCAAAUGCGAGAGCCACGUCAUCCCCGAUCUC